CAUAUCUAUACCUGUUUCUACAGUAACUAUUUCUAAUAAAUUUCCAAAAAUUGUGUCAUCUAAACGUAAAUGUUUAGUAUCAAAAGUAAUGUCUCAAAAUAAUAUAAAGACAGUAACUGCAGUGUGUUGUAUGAAUGCUGCUGGCUAUUACGUUCCACCUGCUCUAAUCUUCCCUCGGAAAAGGUAUAAGCCAGAAUUUUGUAACAGAGCACCACCGAAUACUUUAGGUAUGGUAUCUGAUUCUGGUUUCACAAAUUCAGAACUAUUUGUAACCUGGUUAAAACACUUUACAACGUAUGCAAUGGCAUCUCGAGAUAGAUCAGUGUUACUCAUAUUGGACAAUCAUUCAUCCCACUGUAGUUUGCCAGCAAUUGAUUACUGUCAAGAGAACGGCAUCAUUUUGUUAUCUGUACCUCCAUACGCUAGCCACAAAUUACAACCACUUAACGUGGCCUUUUUUGAAUCACUGAAAAAGUUCAUGACAGAAAAGUGUAAUCGAUUGAUAUCACAGCACCCCAAUCAGCCGAUAACAAUUUAUCGAAUAGGAGAGAUUUUUUGCACAGCUUAUCACAAGGCUACAUCUAUUGACGAAGCAAUUAAAGCGUUUAGAGAUACAGGAAUUUUCCCUCAGAAUCCCUUUGCUUUUCGAGAAGAAGACUUCAUGCCAGCCUCACUUACCAAGAAACAAUCAAUCAAGCAUCCUGAAGAUAAUGGAUUGUACCAUGCUGCAAGCUGUACUUCAGUAGAGCGCUGGGAAACUACCGGCCACAGUCUGUGCAAUCGAGAUUCUUCGUCACCAAGUCAGACUGAGAUAAAUUCUUAUGACGAUGUUGAAAUUAAAACGGAUGUAUAUGCUGAUGAGACGAUGAUAGAUGACAGCAGAGUACAGGGAUUCGAAAGAGAAUUGGAAGCAGAUAAGAUCCUUGGCUCAGCGGAUGACAAUGGAAAACUGAUGUAUUUGAUACAAUGGAAAGGAACAGAUGCAGUUGAUAUGGUCUCUGCCAGUGAAGCCAAUGCCAAGUAUCCUCAGAUUGUUAUUCGAUUUUAUGAGGAUAGAAUAACCUGGAAAAGGACAAAAAUAAAACCGUAAUAGAUGAGCUUUCUUGAAAAAGCCAGACUCUAUAUUUUUUAGGAAAUUGAUUUUUAUUGUGAUG